CCAUAUCGGUGCUUGUUAGACUAAAAUUGAACCUCUGCUCUCCGAUUUGAAAUUUGCAGACCUUUUUGUCCUUUUGUCUUUUCUUUCUUUUUAUUUUCAUUUUAUUAUAUUUUUGGCAGGCGCGGUCACGGAGGACGUAGUACCCGUGUCGGCUCUCGAAUUGCUUACACCAUGCCACACAAACAUACAAGAAGAGACCAUGAUCCAUCAGCAUUCGAUUUGCCUCCAUCCCAGAUCGCGAAACCUUUGCCUGUCAACCGUAGCCGCAAACAUGAAGAUGCCAGUGCAAAGACCUCGUCUGCGACAGGCCCCAAGAAGCGCAAGGCUCGUCGCGACCCCGACGAUGCUCCGCGUGCCUUUAAGCGCCUAAUGUCCUUCGCCCAGGGCAAGAAGCCCAGAUCUGGUCUAGAUGACGGCUCUACCCCAUCGAAGAAACGCGCAAAGGCGACACCCUCAACGGCCGGCCCUACCGGCUCUACAAACCCCCAGAUGCCAACCAUCCGCCCCGGAGAGAAGUUGUCCGACUUCGCGGCUCGAGUUGAUGCCGCCCUUCCGCUUUCCGGGCUCGUGACCAAAACCGUCAAGGACGGCAAAGAUCCCCUGGGUCUCAAAGUGCGCCGCACCAAGAAGGAGAGGAAGAUGCACAAGCUCUACGAACAAUGGCGGGAGGAAGACAAGCGAAUCAAGGAAAAGCGCGAGGAGGCCCUGGAGGAGGAAGCCGAACGCCAGCUGGACCAGGACUUGGCUAACGGGACCCUGACCACCGAGUGGCCGACGCAUUACGACGACGCGACAGAGGAAGGAGGCAAAAAGAAAAAGAAGAAGAAGAAAGGCAAAGCCAAUGCGCCCGACGAGGAGGACUUGUGGGAGCAGCUGCAGAGGAAGGCGAAGGAAGCGAAGCCGAGUCUCCAUGACGUCGCGAAAGCUCCGCCCACCUUGCCCAAGAACAUCCGUGCAGUUUUUAAAGUCCGCGGUGCCGCUGUCGACGUCGAGAACGUCCCCAAGGCUUCUGGCAGCUUGAGGAGGCGCGAGGAGUUGCAGACCAUCCGCACUGAAGUGGUGGAAUCUUAUCGGAAGGCGAGAGACGAGAAGCGGGCCCGGACUGUAUUGUGAUCAAAAUAUUCAAAGAAUAUAGGAGGCCGUACUUGUUGCACGGUAUUAAGACCAUCUUACGGACUCGUGCUGUGGGAAUCUCCUACGUGGCUACAUGGUAUGAUUGGAGCUUCGGGGGUGUCCUCCGUACUGCUGGACCGGAUUCAGUGGCAUAUCGAACAGGAAUCGAAGCGACAAGUUACGAAGCCAGCACCCGCUCAAAAUCAAAGUAUUUUGCGAACAACAUA